CAUAACAAGCAUCAUCAUGUAAUACAGUUACGUACGGAACAACACAUGACAUGGGUUACAAAAUGAAGGCCCAAUCCGAGCCAAGGCCCAUUAGUAUGUAGUGGUUACAGUUUUACUUUUUUUCCCUCCCAAUAAUGCCCCGCUCAUUUUACCGGCGGUGGAAGAGAGAUAGACCAAUAAUCUGAAUCUGAAACCUCCGUGUUGGGGUUGCAUAUCCAAACCCUAAUUUGGAAAUUGAAUUGUUGAAGGGAAGAAGAUCAAGAUGGUUCUGGCGGAGUUAGGUGGGAGCAUUGCGCGUGCUCUCCAGCUGAUGAGCAAUGCGACAGUAAUCGACGAGAAGGUGCUCAACGAUUGCCUCAACGACAUCACUCGCGCUCUUCUUCAAUCCGAUGUUCAAUUCAAGCUUGUCCGCGACAUGCAGACCAACAUCAAGAACAUUGUCAACCUCGACGAUCUCGCUGCCGGUCACAACAAACGCAGGAUCAUCCAACAAGCUGUGUUUAACGAACUCUGCAAAAUUCUGGACCCUGGGAAGCCCUCUUUCACUCCCAAAAAGGGCAAAACAAGUGUUGUCAUGUUUGUUGGUUUGCAAGGUUCUGGAAAAACCACAACGUGUACAAAGUAUGCAUAUUAUCAUCAGAAGAAAGGCUGGAAGCCGGCUCUAGUAUGUGCAGAUACAUUCAGAGCUGGUGCAUUUGAUCAAUUGAAGCAAAAUGCAACUAAAGCUAAGAUCCCUUUCUAUGGAAGCUAUAUGGAAUCCGAUCCGGUAAAAAUUGCUGUGGAAGGUGUGGAGAGAUUCAAGAAAGAAAACUGUGAUCUUAUAAUUGUUGAUACUAGUGGGAGGCACAAACAAGAAGCUUCUCUUUUUGAAGAAAUGCGCCAAGUUUCGGAAGCAACGAAACCAGAUCUUGUUAUAUUUGUUAUGGAUAGCAGUAUUGGUCAGGCUGCUUUUGAUCAAGCCCAAGCAUUUAAGCAGAGUGUUGCAGUUGGAGCUGUAAUUGUUACCAAAAUGGAUGGCCAUGCAAAAGGUGGUGGUGCUCUUAGUGCUGUUGCAGCAACAAAGAGUCCUGUCAUAUUCAUUGGAACUGGAGAACAUAUGGACGAGUUUGAAGUUUUUGAUGUUAAGCCAUUUGUCAGUCGUCUAUUAGGAAUGGGCGACUGGUCUGGGUUUAUGGACAAAAUUCAUGAAGUCGUUCCUAUGGAUCAACAACCUGAACUGCUUCAGAAGCUGUCAGAAGGAAACUUCACCUUGAGGAUUAUGUAUGAGCAGUUUCAGAACAUACUUAAAAUGGGUCCUAUCAGCCAGGUUUUUUCUAUGCUUCCCGGAUUUAGUGCUGAAUUAAUGCCAAAAGGCCGUGAGAAAGAAAGCCAGGCAAAAAUUAAGCGUUACAUGACAAUGAUGGAUUCAAUGACAAACGAAGAGUUGGAUAGUUCAAACCCCAAGCUCAUGAAUGAGUCACGCAUGAUGCGGAUAGCUCGAGGUGCAGGUCGUCAGAUUAGGGAAGUGAUGGAGAUGUUGGAAGAGUACAAACGUCUUGCAAAGAUAUGGAGCAAAAUGAAAGGGCUUAAAAUACCAAAGAAAGGUGAUAUGAGUGCCCUAUCCCGAAAUAUGAAUGCCCAACACAUGAGCAAAGUCCUUCCUCCUCAGAUGCUGAAGCAAAUUGGUGGCAUGGGUGGGUUACAAAACUUGAUGAAGCAGAUGGGAUCCGCCAAAGACAUGAUGGGAAUGGGAGGAAUGUUUGGUGGUGGUGGUGGUGGUGAUUAGUUAAUUGGCUUGUGAGCUGAGGAUUGUUCCUGACCAUAGCCACUGUCAUUGCAUUGUGGUGUUUUACAACUAGACUCGAUUGAGCAGGUUAUGCAGUUCAAUCGGUGUUGGAGUGCCAUCUGCAAUAGCCGCAAUGGGUGCAAGUGUCUCUUUUUGUAAAAUUAAAUCCUUCUUCCCUUUUUGUGUAUAUUUACUUAUUUAUUAUUCAGAGCAAUCAAAGUAAUCUUAUUAGAAAUUUUCAUAGUCUAGGAACAUUAAAAACAAAAGCUAUAUUCCUCGGAUCAUGCUUGUCUCGUUUUGGAUUCUGCUCCAGCUGAAUGUUUCAUUUAAUUCUAGCAGACAGCUUAAGCACUGUUACUGUUAGGAGCUA